AAACACAUUGAAAACAACCCAACUGUUUGAAAAUUUUCGAAUCAUUUUACCGUUGCUUCCCGUUCAAUUCGUAGUUUAUUACUUAUCAAUUUCCAGUCUAGCUCCAGCCAUUUUCCCAGUCUAGCUCCAGCCAUGCCGUUCGAGGUCCUUGACCUGAACAAGAUCUGUAUCGAUUACUUCAAGCCCUUGGUGCCACCAGAGAAGAAGAAAUAUAUCGACUUCGACUCAGUGGAGGUCAACCUGGAUUACAUGACGGUGAUGUAUGAUGAGACCAAGUACUUCAAGAAAGACGCCCCUCCCACACCCACGGCCCACAUCCUGUACCGGGCCAACUUUGUCAACAAAACCCCCCGCCCCCAGACCUACGUGCUGAUGACGGAGCGCGAGACCAGCUCCUCGUGCGAGCUGGACAUCCUCAAGACGUUUUCCUUCGGAGGGGAGGUGGGGGUGGGGGUCGAGCCACCAGGGGCUGGCUCCGGGCUCAAGGUCACUUUCAAGGCCGAGAAGUCCAAGCAAAAAGGUACCACAAUCACCAACGAGCAAGAGCUGACCUGGGCCAUAGAUACGAACGUGACAGUCCCGCCCGGCCACCAGACGAGAGCUGAGCUUAUCGUCAAGGAGGAAGAUUAUGGCGGGGACUUUGAGGUCGUCUGCACCUUCGAGGGCACCGCCAGCGUGACCUUCUUCCACAUCCGGGACAAGGACGCCAUACACGUUGAGGCCAAGGACGUGGUGUCAAUCUUCACACCCAAACAUGGCUUCUUGCUGGACGGGGAUGGCAGACCGACCUUCGUCAUCAAGGGGGUCUGCAAGUGUCGCGUGGGGGUCGAGCAGUUGAUCGACUUGCAGCAGUCCGUCAUUGAAGAGACUGAAGCAAAGAAGAAAUAGGGCGUCACCAGUCAGGCAGCACAAGUGAUACAACCAAAGCCGCUUUCUGCUGGCGUUGUCUCUGUUGUGUUCGAACAUACCCUUGUCAGUUUAUGGAGUUUGAUGUUUGCCACUUUUUGUCAUUUAAAAAAAAAGUAAACCAGAAAAUGUAGAACAGUUUUCUUCAAAUAUUUGAAAACUCAAGUCAAUGAAUUGAUUUUGUUUUGGAA